GUCAGAGCAGGUGGAGAAUGCUGGGUUUUUACACUGUCAUGCUACUGGAAAACUGUGCUUUACUGGCAGCUUGGUACUUGUUCAGAAUCAAAGAAAGGUGGUAUGAUCAGUUUCUACUUGGUGCGGUACCUGUGGCCUUCACUAUAGGUCUAAUGUGUAUGCUAAUGUACUACAGAUUGUGUCAUCCCUCUGGGCCUAUAGACCCAUGUGCUGCUGAUACUUCUGCAGAUAUAGAAUCUACAGACUGUGAUGAUUAUAACAAGCCAUCUGGAGACCCAGCAUCUGGUAUCAUUAGAAGGAUGACACUGAAAACCACUAGACCUACAUGUGCCAAGAUAGAGAAAAGACAGUCAGCAAAUAGUUCUUUUAGUGACUACUCACCACUUAAGGAUUCUUUAGAAAAUGACCAAAUAGGCAUUGGGCAAAGUAAUCAUUCUGAAAACUGCAGUGAGAGAGACAAUGGGUCGGACAAAGACAGAGAUGCUUCAGAAAAACACUUUAUUAGAGGAACCAAACUUGGUUUUGGACUCCAUGGUUGCUUUAGACCCCAAGAUACUGUAUUAAGUCUGGUAACAGAUGAAAGCUUUCAGGGAAAUGGUUCGAAUUGCAGUCUGAAAGAAGACGAUAAAAAUCGCUUAUCACAAAAUUGUAUGCCUGGUUUACUGCAGGAAAAGAGUUGUGGUCAACCUCCAGAUGGUCCCUGUAUUGGCCUGGAUGGGCAUGAAGGCAUAAAAAUGACAGAAGACAAGUCGCCUGAGGUUCAGAUGUUUAGUAAUCGAGUAAAUAAAAUUGAAUCACAGUUGAAAGUUAGUUCGGAAAGUGAUGGUUGUAUCACAUUGAGAAAAGUGGAAAUUACAAAUCCUGAGAGUAAAUUUGCCCAUGAUAAAAACACGAGUACACUUCCACACCAAAUGGCUGAAAAGUGCACAGUAGUAAAUUUGAGCAAUAUUUGUAAUGAGAGGCAGGUUACUGAAUCUCUCCCACCUAAUGAGGGUCCUGAGGUAGGGGUGAAGAGUGAUGUAGGAAAAACAUUAGUGUCCCAAAUGCCUGAGCCAUUGCCUCCCUUCAGUGGGCCUGGUUCAGUGCCCAGUACAAAAUAUCAAACCUUUUCAGAUAAGCUUCAGUGUCAAGGAAAACCCAAAGAGAUUGAACAUGAAAGUUUUUACUCAAAGAGUCUUGAUAUAGAGAAAUUUCCACAGGUAACACAAUUAAAUGAGGUUGAAUCUUGCCCAAAAUUGGAAAUAGCUUUGACAGAAUCUAGCAAGCAAUCCCUUCCUAUUGAAUUGGAAUUGUGUGUGACCUCUGAAAACAUGCUUCCCAAUGAGUCUGAAAUACAUUCCAAAACGGAGAGUAACGCCCCUGUGGGUGAAAAGGCAACCAAUGUUAGAUUAAUGUCUGGUAAGCGGAAAUCGUCUCUCUAUAGCAUAGUGUGCACACCUCCAGCUUCUUCAGGGUUGUGCAAGAAUGCAUCAGGGAAACCAACAGAAGUUGUUCCUAAACUGAUAAUUAAAGAAGGAGCAUCUUGCAAUACUGUUGAACCUCAUGCAAAAAGUUUUCCAUCUCGGGUUCCAAGAAAUUUUCACUGCUCUGAAAAUCUUUCAUGUGAUGACAGAAAAUUAAGCAGAGCCAACAAUAUGACAUCCUUGACAAAAAGAUUUCAUUCUAAUGAAAGACUAGAUGCUCUGGGGCAUGAAAAUCAGUUACAGAACGUAGUUGGAAGUAGAUGCAACUCCCCUGCAGCUUCACAAUUACAAAAGUCAAGGCAAUCAACUGCUGUGCAAUCACUACUCUUUAAGAAUCUAGAGAUCGGUGCAGGCAAAAAGGUCAGUGGAGAAAAUGAUACUCAGCUAAAAUUGAAUUCCAAUAAUGACAUGGUUGGUGAGAAGAUAAAUGACUCUCUCAGUGUAGGUAAAGAAAAUGUCAAACCCUCAUCAAGUGCACUGGUGGCAGGAGGUAUGAUAAAAAAAGGUGUGGCAUUUGCUGGGGAGGAGAUCUCCAGGAAGAGGAGGACACCUUUAAAAGAUGACACUAAGUUUAGAAAAACCAGACAAGCACACCAGUCUCUUGUGGCCAUAAGACCUGAAACAGUUGCAAAGGCACUGUCUAUGUUUGGGGACAAGUAGGAGAGAAAAAAUGAUUCAUUAGUGGUAGGACUUGGUGGAAUGCUCGAAAGAAGUUCAUUUUGUACUGUGUCUUUAAAUGUAAUUUUUUUUAAAGUUUUGCAACUUGUCAAAGAUUGAAGGGGCUCCUUGUAAAUUUUCUUUUUUUGUAUUUCAAACAUUCCUGCCUCCUUCCUGACAAAGUUUGGAAUCUUUUAAUGCAAUUAUUGACAGAUAAGCCAUACAUUGAAAGUCAAGUCAAUUGUAUAUCCUUACCCUAUAUCCGAUUCUUAGAAAAAGAUCUGUAUGUCUUACUUUCAGAUAUUAUUUAAUUUUAUCUUGAGUGCCAUAGGCCGCGUUCAGAACAGAUGAUCCAUGGAUCAGUUAAUACAGCCUGACCCACUUAAAAGCAACACAGCCUAAUCCCCUAAUGGUCUCCCCACCUCCUCCUCAUGGAUUUACUUGUGCACUUUUCCUAGGGAAAGAAGGCAGAAUCACAUUAAUUUCCUGAUCAAACAAAUUUGUCUUCAGCUAUCUUUGUGGAAAAAAAAAACUAGUAUUAGUUCUUUCUUACCACAUUAAAACAAUACUGUAUACUUCUAAUGACAAAUUAUAUUAUAAAAAUGUUAUUGCCAGAUUCAUAAGAAGAGAUCAGUCAUGUUCAACAUCCAUUUGUCCCAUGGAUAUUACAUUUAAUUUAAAUUUUAAUCCUCCCAUUAAUGUCUUCUUUAAUAAUUCUAAAAUGUAAAAUGGUAUUCCUUGUGCAAUACGGGGUAAAUUUUUUUUAAGGAAGACAAUAUUUUCCUGUUUUUAUGGAGAAGUAUCAUUUUAUUCCUACUGAAACUGUAUACAGUUUUCAAAUAUUUUUGUACAUUGUGUUGUGAGUUUAUUAUUAUUGCACUCCAUGAACGGUAUGCCAUACAAACUGUCAUGCUCAAAAUUAUAUAAAUCGUGUCAUUUUAUGCUUGGGUAUCAUGCAAAAGAUAAAAUCGUAAAGAAUACAUAUUCAUGUACCAAAUACCUAUUCUCCGUAAUUGAAAAUUAAUUGCUGUUAGUCAUGUAAUGUUUUAAUUUGUUUUUGAGCUUAUUUCAUUUACAUAAAGUUAAUUGCCAUGAACAGUUAGUCUUGGUGAGUCUUGUUAAUUGAUACUUGUCAAUUGAAUUUUUUUUGUAAUUUGCUUCUGUUACUCUUAACAACAAAUUUCAGAAUUGUUCUGAAGUAUUUUCUACAAAUUAUUGUCUUUAAUAUUAUUUGUCUUUAUCAUACAAGCACUUUAGUAAAUAAUAAGUUGUUUUGGGAACAACUUUUUUUGCACAUAUUAGGUAAGAUAAUCAAUAAGCUGUAGAUAAACUGUAAUG